AUGCACUUCAAGACUCUUCUUCUAGUCAGCCUGGCCUCAUUGGCCGUCUCGCACCCUUCUGCGAACCCAGACGAAGCGGCUAUUGCCAACAAUUGCGGCUGGCCCAACGGAAACUGCUAUGACAACGACUGCCAUGGGGAGCUUAGCGCGAACCGUAUAACCUGCACUUCGGGCCGGUACUUGGGCUGUCCAUGUGGAUAUGGCUGUGGCAGUAACACCGGCAAGUGUAACGAGAAUGGCUGCAAUGGUAGCAAUGGUCGCUGCACCAAUAACUACCUUGGCUGCUCCUGUCUGUGA